AUGCGUGAUGUAGCAAAUACACGUGAACAUAUCCUGAAACAUGGAUCAUUUGCUGCUCCUGGAGAAUUUAAUUUGACCAAAAAGAAAAGAGUGGUGAAACUUGACGACAAAGUUACUGUCAAAACUGGAAAAAAGAUGCGCCAAAUUGUUACACGCGAAAAGACCUCAAAGAAAACCAAACACUAUCCAAUAAUCAACAAUCUAGUUGAACAAGGAUGGACUGUUAUCAACACCAGUCGUUACCAGAUUACAGUGGUCAAACUUCCCGAAGCUGAGACAAAGACAAAAAACACAUCGCCUCCAAAGGCUACAUCAAUGAAGAAAAGCGAAAACAGUUCAGAGAAGAAUGACAAUCAAGUUGGAUUUGGAGUGUCACAACAGGAGAAGAACACUCUAUUACGAAGAUUUAUGAAAAGAUCUCAGAGAGUUAUUGGGAGAUUUUUUAUUUGCGGAAAGAAGGAAGAUUGA